AUGGGUCACGAAGAUGCUGUCUACCUGGCUAAGCUCGCCGAGCAGGCCGAGCGGUACGAGGAAAUGGUCGAGAACAUGAAGAUUGUCGCCUCAGAGGACCGCGACCUCACCGUCGAGGAGCGCAACCUCCUCUCCGUCGCCUACAAGAACGUCAUUGGCGCUCGCCGUGCCUCUUGGAGAAUAGUCACUUCCAUUGAGCAGAAGGAGGAGUCUAAGGGCAACUCGUCCCAAGUCACCCUUAUCAAGGAGUACAGGCAGAAGAUCGAAGCCGAGCUCGCCAAGAUCUGCGAUGAUAUCCUCGACGUCCUCGAUGACCACCUGAUUCCAUCGGCCACGUCGGGCGAGUCCAAGGUCUUCUACCACAAGAUGAAGGGUGACUACCACCGUUAUCUUGCCGAGUUCGCCAUCGGAGACCGUCGCAAGGACUCUGCCGACAAGUCUCUCGAGGCCUACAAGGCCGCCAGCGAGGUCGCCUCCACCGAGCUUCCUCCCACCCACCCCAUCCGCCUGGGUCUCGCCCUGAACUUCUCCGUCUUCUACUACGAGAUCCUCAACGCCCCCGACCAGGCUUGCCACCUCGCCAAGCAGGCCUUUGAUGAGGCCAUUGCCGAACUCGACACCCUGAGCGAGGAGAGCUACAAGGACUCGACCCUCAUCAUGCAGCUCCUGCGUGACAACUUGACGCUCUGGACCUCGUCCGAGGCGGAGACCACGGGAACAUCGGGCCAGGCCGACGCCUCCACCAAGGAGGAGCCUGCUGCCGCCGCCGAGCCCGCCGCCGCCGCCGAGGAGCCCAAGGCUGCCGAGUAA